AUGAGCGACAGUUCACCGGAAACCCCGUCUGCGGAAGCACCGGUAAUGAACCAAGAGACAUUUGUAGCUGAUAAUCUUGAGGCCAGAAUACGAGAAAGCUUCAAAUUAUCUUCACGAUCUGGGAGUCGAGCUGAUUUUGUUGCUCCUGACCCAUCGGUGCUGACCGAUCUUGAAAUUCAUGCUCGCGGAAUCGCUUGUAAUCUGGAUAAUAUGCUCAGAGAAUUGAGAGGUUCUCUUCAUGGUAUGAGUGACCUCACUGUGGAAUCAAUGGAAUGCUAUAAAGGUGCUAUUGGCGAAGCUUGUGAUUCUGCUGAUAGUAAUGUUCGAUCAACUUAUGCCAUGUUGGCGAAAGUGGAGGAAGUUAAUCAAGCGAUGGCUGGGCUAUCCAAAGUAUCCACUGAUAUAAAAGAAAUGCGACGAUUGAUUGAAUUGUUCGAAACUUUAUUCCAAGGGUCUUUGAAGUAA